AUGGCUCUCAAAAAGAUGUUAUCGGCUCCCGUCACCAUUCAGAAAUGUCCUAUGAUCCCACCGUCUAGCCCACCCGCUCGUUCAAGAACGGUUGAACUUCCCGCAGGCCAUAAAAGGACUGAGGAAUGUCGCGCCUUAUCAUGCCCAGUCAUUCUAGAACAAGAUGCCGUGUUGACAGUCCGAGGCGGGACAGAAAUCCGUGUCGAUAUCUAUCGUCCCAAGACCGAAAAGAAAGUGCCCGCCAUUAUCAUGUGGGGACCAUACGGAAAAUCAGGAAAUGGAAUGCUUAACCUGAAAUCCUUUCCCUCGCGCGCAGGAGUUCCUAAAGCCAAACUGUCCGGAUACGAAUGCUUCGAGGGUCUGGACCCAGCUGAAUGGGUUCCCAGAGGGUAUGCAGUUGUUAACAUCGACCCCCCUGGCAUAAAUGAUUCGGAAGGCGAUUUCUACUGGUGGGGCACACAGGAUGGCCGAGACGGUCGUGAUGCCAUCGAGGAGAUCGCCCAAUUGCCUUGGUGCACUGGUAGAGUCUCCCUGGCUGGGAACUCAUGGCUGGCCAUGUCGCAGUGGUUUAUCGCUGCUGAGCGACCACCGCAUCUCACGUGCAUUGCACCACUGGAGGGCGCAUCCGACGUGGUCCGGGAGGAUCUCUUUCGUGGAGGAAUCUGGAGCCUUGGAUUUAUGUCUACAAUUCAAAGCACACUCAGAGGUCGAAACAAUCAAGAGGAUGUCGUGGCUACAUUUGCAAAGAGCGAAACCUCAAAUGAGUAUUGGGAAGACAAGCGUGCCAGGCUUGACAAGAUUGAGGUUCCCACUUAUAUCCUUGGGAGCUAUUCCACUGGGUUACAUACCCUUGGUGCAGUCCGAGCCUUUGAGGAAAUCAAGCACAAUCAGAAAUGGCUUACCAUCCAUGAUACCCAAGAAUGGUACGACCUGUAUUCUGACCAACGAAUCCAAGAUCUGGAUAAGUUUUUCAGCAAGUACCUCAAGGGCGAUGAUAACGGUUGGGAGCAGACAGCUCCCGUAAGAGUGAACUUCCUUGGAUUCAAUAUCCCAUCCACUGGAUACAGGCAGUUUCCAGACCUCCCUUGGAAGUUACCUGCUUCCAGAAAGACUCGACUAUACCUCACCGCCAGUAACCGACUCUCCUCGACUAAGCCAGACACAGAAACCUCUGUAGUCUAUCAAGCAGAUGCACCAUCUAGGUUGACGGGCGAUAAUGACCACGAAAUCCGGUUCUCCUAUCGCUUUUCAGAACGGACGAUCCUUACUGGUCCAUCUCGGCUUGUCGUGCAGAUAACGGCGCCUGACCAUAACGACUUGGAUGUCUACGCCCUGAUACGCAAAGCCGACAAGGACGGGAACCUACUUAUGAACAAUAACAUUCCCCUGCCCGCACUGGGGGUUUCGACUUCAUCAGAAGUGCCUCCGAUCAAGCCGCUGAGGUAUAUUGGCCCUCAAGGAAUGCUUCGGGCCUCGCGCAGGGACGUGUGCGAUGCAUUGUCGACUCCGUAUUGGAAAACGCUAUCCAACGCGAAAGUGGAACCGGUGGCUCCUGGCACGGUGCUCCAGCUAGAGAACUAUAUCUGGCCCACUGGUAUUGUUUUUCAGCCUGGCGAGCAGCUGGUUUUGCAAAUAUCCGGUCAUGACAUGACUUUGGCCGAGCUGGUGCCUUUGAUUGAUUCUUUCCGAAACGAAAAUAAGGGCACGCAUAUCGUGCACCUGGGAGGGCAGUUUGAGAGCUAUUUGGAUAUCCAUACGCUUUGA